GUCAUUGCGUAUGCUUGGUACCCCUACAACUUCUGAGCAUAGUUGCUUCAAUUGCCUACUAUCUUUCUUUCGAUCCAUACAAACUCCAAAUAUAGAUAUAUAUAUAUAUAUAUAUAUUCAACACGCCUCAAGGAAAGAAGCAAGACACAAAUUCCGAAAACGGGACUACUGUUUCCAUAUAGCCCCAUUUCAUUCUCCUCCAACCGGGGCGGUGUAGGAGAUGACAGACAGGAAUGCGGCGCCGCCACAAGACCCAGACCGAAAACCCGGCGGUGAUGGCAGCACCACCACCAGCAACAGCCACGGAGGUGGAGGAGGUCAGAGGCCGCUGCGGCCCGCCAUGAUCAUGGCCAUCCGAGGCGACGAUGGCGGGGCAAGCCCCAAGAGCGGGCCUACGAAGGUCGUAUCCAUUGAAGAGCCCAAGCUCUCCCCACCAAUGCAACCCCUCGACACACCACCCAUAAAACAAUUCACCGCAGGCGUCGGCAAGCGACUCACCGGUCGCCCCACGCCCUCCUCCUUCAGCAACUCCUCCAAGAACUCCCUCGUCAGCCAGGCGAGCCAAGAGGACAUCCCGAGGCUGGCUAUGAGUCAGUCCGGGGAGAGCUCGUCGGGGAAUGGGCCGUAUAUUCAGAGACAUCAACGCCAUCAUCAGCAUGAUAAGCUCCUCAGCCAGGUCUCGGAGUGGUUGCAUGUCCAGAAGGCUAAGACGGCCGCGAGGAAGGCGAGGAAGCAUAAGGCACACCCGCGUGGCGAGGGGGGGAACGAGAAUAACAGCCCUACCACCGCCCGCAGAGAAUCACAGGACUCGUGCCUGAGCACCAUCUCCCUCGAAGACUUGCAAUCGAUCCUCGAAGACAGUAAAGUGAAAUCCACAUACCGCCCCAACCCAGAGAGCCCUGUCAUCCGCCCGCGCCGACCCUCCUACUCGUCGCGCAAGUACACGUCGCGCCGCUACUCCGUCAAUGCUUCCUCGGACACGGAGUACUUCGAUGGAGACGUCAUAGUCCCCAGCUGCGACGUCGUCCUCGAUAACUCCAAGACCCUCAGCUACGCCUCCGGCACCACAACACCCACCACCUCCGGCCGCCGCGCAGACAAAGAGGCACAGGUGUGGGUUACUUUCAAAUCGGAGAUCCUGAGACUGGCACACACACUCCGUCUUAAGGGAUGGCGUCGCGUCCCCCUUGACAGCGGCGCAGACCUCGAGGUCGAGCGCCUAAGCGGCGCCCUCACAAACGCAGUCUACGUCGUCUCCCCCCCGCCCUCCCCUCGGACCCGACCAGUAAAUCGAAAGCCCGCCCCUCCAAACUCCUCCUCCGAAUCUACGGCCCACAAGUCGAGCAUCUUAUCGACCGCGACGCGGAGCUCGGCAUCUUGA